GCAAGUAUUAUUCGAAACUCGAAAUAAGUGUGUGGAUGAGAAAAUGAGAAAGCUGAUGCAGCUGCUGUCCCUUCUUCUUCACCUCUCCCUCCUCUUGCUUCAUUUUCUUACUUCUUCCUUACCAGCCUAAACUAAAGUACUAAACUAUCUUCUUCUCUCUUUUUUCCUAGUGAAACAAAUUAAUUCUUGUCUAGUCCUCAAAACAAGAAGAGUUUCCUUUUUUAUCAUUAUAAUGGCAACAACAGGAAGGUCUACUGCAGUAGCCAGUGUUAGCUUCCCCUCCUCUUCAUGCUUGAGCUGUAAACCUAGAUACACAUCUUCUGUCUCCAUGAUGGUUAAUACGGCAGUGGCUUCCCACCGGAGUAUUGCAUGUUCUGCUGUGCAAGAAUCAUCAGCAUCAGCAUCAGCAUCCACUGUGUCUACUGCUGAUGUAAAGGAGAAGCCAAAGCCUAAGGCAAAGCCUCCAGCAAAAGCUCCAGCAAAGCCAUUACCUCAAAUGAUGGAGGAAGAUGUGAUCCCUCCGCUUAAAUCAAUUCUUGAAACUCAAGAAGACAUCUCUGAAAUAGAGCUCUCUUUCGAAGACAACAGGCUAUAUGGUUCUUUCGUGAAGAAGAACAUUAGGUAUUCAUUUUGGGCAUUCUUUCCUGAUGGAGUUCUCACUGGUCCAAAAGGGUUUUCUUUAUCCUCUUACGGGUCCGAAGUAAGCACACUUGAGCCAUUCCUCAUUGACGAGAAGAAGAUCACAGCAAAACAUAUAGUCUUCUGGGUUGAAAAGCGUUUGGCAGCUCAAGGAAUAAUUCCUGUUUGGCGUGAAUGAAUGCCCAUCUCUGUAAAAUUCAUAGCACAUAUGUAUCAAACUUUCUGGUUAUGGUUAAUAAUAUAACAUCUUCCAACAA